UUAACCGUAACAAGUGUGUCUACUGCAGAUGGUAUUUAAUAAUAGCUAACAUUUUCUAUGAUGUUUAUAAAUAAAAACAUAAAAUGAAUUCUAUUCUAGAAUACUGACGAGAUUUGCGUGCAUGAAGCAUCGCUGUGGGAGAUCUCAUUUUAAAAAUUAGUCUCUAUAUUGCUUAAAUUUCUUUAGCGUCAAUUGCUCGAUCAAAUUUGAGGUAAUAAUUUGAAAUUUAUACUUGGAUGCUUUUAGAGUGGUUCAGCUUUGACAAUCUCGGCGAUGAUUUUCCAGAACUGUGAACUAGUUAUGAGGUUGUCAAAGGCGCUGUCUUUGUGAUAGUAUAUUAUUCAAGGAUACUUAAUGUUUAGUAACUGACAUAACAUUUUAGGGGACUGUACGGUUUUUAAUACGUCAUGACAGAUCAAGAUAUAGACUUUGAAAGUUUACCUGGAGAUGUAAGAGAUAAAUUAGCAGAGUUAGAACUAGAACUUUCUGAAGGUGAUAUUACUCAAAAGGGAUAUGAAAAGAAGAGAGCUAAGUUGUUGGCUCCUUAUAUGCCAGCUCGUAGCACAGGUGCUGCGAGUCCUUCUACAAGAGCCAAGAAAAGAGCUCAGCGAAGACUUACACGAAAUGAAAGUCGAUAUCAUUCAGAGGUUCGUCAAGAAGCUGUCCAACAAGCACUUGCUGCAAUGCAAAAUAGGCCAAAACCGUCAGUCCCAAUGCCAUCUAAGAGAACAUCCGUUAUGGCUACUUCUCCUUCUAGAGAACGGCAUGCAUCAGAUUCCUCAUCUGAUGAUGAUAGUGCUGUUAAUGAAGGAAGUACCCCUGAGCAAGAACAUCUGCCUACCCAUAAUAUUCACCAAGCUACCACAUCUCAGUCCGAUACUUCAAGUACAUCAUCUACUCGCGAAACUCCCUCUCCUCAACAAUGGUACAAUGGAAGACCUAACAGAGUAGAUGAUUAUUGGGUUCACACUAGUUGUGCUAGUCCUAUGACAAACCUUGCUGAUGUUAUGCAGAAUCUCACUCCAAGUUUAAGUGUUCAACCAGAUGUUACAAAUACUUCUGCAGAAGUCACUAGAUGGACAUCUGCUGAUCAUGUUAAUCGUUAUAAUCAAGCCCAUAUGACUUCAGUUCGUAUUACUCACCAUUCGUCCACAGGACUCAGUUAUGAUACCGGUACGGGAAAAUGGAAAGUUUCUGCCAAAAUUCAACAGCUUUUAAAUACUCUUAAGAGGCCUAAACGAAGACCCUUGCCAGAAUUUUAUGUAGAUGAUGAAUCUGAUUUAGAAACUAAGCAGUUAGAUCCAAAUGCCCCUAGACCAGAGGGAAAUACAAUGACUCCUAUUACAGGCGAAGAGCUAUUAGUUCCAUCUGGCCUUCCUCUUACGUGUGAAGCAGCUAUAAAAAGAUACGGGUCAGGGACUUUUAAAGCACCUGCUGCAACUGUUCUAGACACUACAGGAAAAAUUAGCGCUCCCUUAACUUAUGGUAAAUUAUUAAGCAGAUCUCAAAAAAUAGGCUACAACCUGUUAAAUAAAGUUGGCCAAAAAGGAGAAGUUGGAAUCAAACCUGGUGAUCGAGUGGCAUUGGUAUACCCUAACAGCGACCCACUUUCUUUUAUGUGUGCAUUUUAUGGGUGUGUCACUGCUGGAGUAGUACCUGUUCCUAUUGAAGUACCACUUACUAGAAGGGAUGCAGGUUCUCAACAGAUAGGCUUUUUGUUAGGAAGUUGUGGUGUAAGUUACGCACUUACAUCUGAGGCAUGUUAUAAAGGUCUUCCGAAAACUGCUACUGGUGAUAUUCAUAUUUUUAGGGGAUGGCCAAAAUUAAAUUGGGUUGUGACAGAGCAUCUCAGUAAACCCCCUAAAGAUUGGACUCCACCAUCUAGGUUAACUGAGGAAACACCUGCAUACAUAGAGUAUACUGUUGAUAAAGAUGGGGCCAUGAAAGGUGUUGCAGUUACAAGAGUGGCUAUGGCAAAUCAUUGCAGAACAUUAACAGCAGCUUGCAAUUAUACUGAAGGUGAAGUUAUGGUGUGUGUUUUGGAUUUCAAAAGAGAUGUGGGAUUGUGGCAUAGUAUUCUUACAAGUGUUCUCAAUGGCAUGCAUGUUAUAUUCAUUCCGUAUGCUUUAAUGAAAGUGAAUCCGGCAUCUUGGUUAAUAAUGAUUACAAAAUUCAAAGCAAGUGUUGCAAUUUGUAAAUCAAGAGACCUACACUGGGGUCUGUUAGCUACAAAGGAUCACAAAGAUGUCAAUCUUAAUUCAUUAAGGUUACUUCUAAUAGCAGAUGGAUCCAAUCCAUGGUCCUUAUCAUCAUGUGAUCAAUUUAUUAGUGUAUUCCACAGUCGCGGUCUACGUCCUGAUGCUGUUUGUCCUUGUGCAGCUUCCCCUGAAGGCCUUACAGUAUCAAUAAGAAGGCCAGGUCAAAUUCUAGGACCUGUCUCUUGUGGUAGAGGUGUUCUUUCGAUGUCAGCUUUAAGUUAUGGUGUUAUAAGAGUAGAUCAGGAAAAUAGUUUAACAUCUCUUACUCUCCAAGAUUGUGGCCAGAUAAUGCCUGGAGCAUAUGCAGCAAUAGUAUCAGUGAAUGGCCUUCCUUUUCUCUGUAAGACUGAUGAAGUGGGUGAAAUUUGUGUUUGCUCUUAUGGAACAGCAUCAUCUUACUGGGGUUUGCAAGGAUUGACUAAUACUAUAUUUAAAAUGCAGCCUUUAUAUCCUGAUGGGACACCAGUUAAUGAUCAGAAUUGGACACGAACUGGGUUAUUAGGAUUUAUUGGUCCUGGUGGUCUUGUAUUUGUCUGUGGUACUCGAGAUGGUCUGAUGCAAGUGAGUGGACGAAAACAUAACACUGAUGACAUUAUUGCUACUGUGUUGGCUGUGGAGCCAAUGAAAUUUAUUUAUCGCGGAAGGAUUGCAGUGUUUUCUGUAAAAGUGUUAAGAGAUGAACGAAUAUGUGUUAUUGCCGAGCAAAGACCUGAUUGUGCAGAAGAAGAGAGCUUUCAAUGGAUGAGUCGAGUUCUUCAGGCUGUUGAUAGCAUACAUCAAGUGGGGAUAUAUUGUUUGGCAUUAGUGUCACCAAAUUGCCUGCCGAAAACACCUCUUGGUGGGAUCCACCUAUCGGAAACAAAACGUAGAUUUUUAGAAGGCAGUUUACAUCCGGCAAAUGUUCUUAUGUGCCCUCACACUUGUGUUACCAACCUGCCUAAACCAAGAGAAAUUCAUCCCGAAGUUGGUCCUGCUUCAGUCAUGGUAGGAAACAUGGUGCAAGGUGUACGAUUGGCUUCUGCUCAAGGUCGUGAUAUUGGAGUCAUAGACGAUGAUAGUGAUACUGCUCGUAAAUAUCAAUUCAUCUCUGAAAUUCUGAAAUGGAGAGUCACAACUACUGCUGACCAUGUUAUUUUUACAUUAUUCAAUUCUAAGGGUGGUAUAACUGGAACUCUGACUUGUUCUCAGCUUCAUAAAAGAGCUGAAAGAGUAGCAUGUUUGUUACUGGAAAAAGGAAAACUUAACACUGGUGAUCAUGUGGCUCUUAUUUAUCCACCUGGCUUGGAUUUGAUUUGUGCCUUUUAUGGCUGUCUGUAUGUUGGUGUUGUUCCAGUUACUAUUCGACCACCGCAUCCUCAAAACUUACAAACUACUUUACCAACCGUUAGAAUGAUUGUUGAUGUGAGCAAAUCUGUUCUGAUACUUUCUACAGCUCCUGUGUCUAAAUUAUUGAAAUCCAAAGAAGCAGGUAAUGUGGUUGAUGUCAAAUCUUGGCCACUGAUAUUAGAUACAGAUGACAUUCCAAAAAAGAAGUUAACAAGCAUUUAUCGUGCACCCACACCUGAAAUGAUUGCUUAUUUGGACUUUAGUGUUAGCACUACUGGAAUGCUAGCUGGCAUUAAGAUGUCUCAUGCUGCUUCAACUUCUCUUUGUAGAAGUAUGAAAUUGGCUUGUGAAUUAUAUCCUUCUCGACACAUAGCACUUUGUCUAGAUCCAUAUUGUGGUUUAGGCUUUGUUUUAUGGUGUUUAAACAGUGUGUAUUCCGGUCAUCAUACUAUUUUAAUUCCACCCUCUGAAGUUGAAAUAAAUCCUGCUCUUUGGCUGUCAACAAUUAGUCAAUAUAAAGUUCGUGAUACUUUCUGUUCUUAUGGAGUUAUGGAGCUUUGCACCAAAGGAUUGGGUUCAUCUAUCACUCAGUUAAAGCAGCGAGGAAUAAAUUUGAGUUGCGUUAGGACAUGUGUAGUUGUAGCUGAAGAAAGGCCAAGAGUUGGACUUACAACAUCAUUUUCAAAGCUGUUUUCUGGUUUAGGUUUAUCGCCUAGAGCUGUAAGCACAAGCUUUGGAUGCCGUGUAAAUGUAGCAAUUUGUCUCCAGGGUGCUUCUAGUCCAGAUCCCACAGCAGUGUAUGCAGACAUGAGAGCCUUGCGAAAUGACAGAGUUACUCUAGUUGAAAGGGGAGCACCACAUAGUCUUUGCUUAAUAGAAUCUGGAAAACUCCUUCCUGGAGUUAAAGUUGUAAUUGCCAAUCCUGAAACAAAAGGACAGUGUGGAGAUUCCCACCUUGGAGAAAUUUGGGUGCAAUCCUCUCAUAAUGCCAGUGGCUAUUUUACGAUUUAUGGAGACGAUUCCCUCCACAAUGACCAUUUUAAUGUGAGAUUGAUUACUGGAGAUUCAUCACAGACCUAUGCAAGAACAGGUUAUUUAGGUUUCUUGCGCAGAACCGAAUGUGUUCAGGCCGAUGGUGGUAUGUAUUACAGUAAAGAAAGUAAUUUCAAAUAUAUGAAUAAACUACUUUUGAAAUUUUAUUUUGUAAAUCUGAUGGUUAUUAUUCACAUAUCCACUCCCCCCUCCAUUCCAGAACUUCAUGAUGCUGUGUUUGUUGUUGGCUCUUUGGACGAAACUAUUAUGCUUAGAGGAAUGAGGUAUCAUCCUAUAGACAUAGAAAACAGCGUCUUAAGAUGUCAUAAGAAAGUUUCUGAAUGUGCUGUGUUUACUUGGACAAAUCUGCUUGUUGUUGUUGUGGAACUGGAUGGAAAUGAGAAUGAAGCAUUAGACCUUGUACCUCUAGUCACAAAUGUAGUUUUGGAAGAACACCAGCUUAUUGUAGGUGUUGUUGUAGUAGUUGAUCCGGGAGUUGUGCCUAUCAAUUCUAGAGGCGAGAAACAGAGGAUGCAUCUACGAGAUGGAUUUUUAGCAGACCAGUUAGAUCCAAUUUAUGUAGCCUACAAUAUGUGAGCUAUUCUUCUUAGGUGUAUUUAAAUGGUCUGCUAAAAUUGGAAUGCACUUCAACUCAUAGAUAUUACUGAGACUUAACAAAAUGUGAAUUUGCUUAUAGCUGUGAUUUUUUAGAAUGGGCAUUCCUUGUUAUUUCAGAAAUGAAUAAAUCCUUGCCGCUCUGAUAAUGUUCAAAGCUGAACAAGUAGACUCAUGGACAAGAGAAAAAACAAAGCAAGUAUUGUAGUAUCUAGUGUUCUUAGCGUUAAACUGACAUCUAAAUUAAUGCAAUUGUUUUAUUUUUCAUAUGAACUCUGUGAUUUUCUUACCUCAUGUUUUGUGUUAUUUGAAAAAUUUACAGACUUUUUGUUAUUUUCAUUCUAAAAGAUUUCGAAUCAUUGCAUUACUGUACCAUUUCUUAAAUCAAAUUCAAUUUAUCUGGAAUUGUAUUCUAUUGCGAAUCUGUUUUCUGCCAUUUACAUAUAAAAUCUUCUCAUUUUAUAUAACAUGUAAUACUCAAAUCUACUGAAUCAUUAUCUCUGUAUAUUAUAACCAUUUCUUCACCUAAAAUGUUUGUGCUUUUUUCAUCGUUUUGAUUGAGGAUGAAAUAGCAAAUUAUCAAAUGAACGUCUUUUGAUUUACUAACUUUUUGUAUCUAAACAAUGUUGCAAAAAGGAAAAUAUUAUAGAUAAUGUUACUUAGUUCCUGUAUUUUUUCAUAUGCAUGUAUUUAACUUCAAUGCAUUUGAAAUAACUACAAAGCAGUUCUUUAAAUAGGUUUUUAUAUUUAGAAGCAUUAAAAAUAUGGAAUUUUCUAGUAAAUAUAAUAUGGAUAGCUAAAUUGAAGAUCUGGUGCUUUGUAACUACAACGAUAUAUAAAAAGAAUUGUUUACAUACUAAAUCUAGAAUUUGUUCUGAGGAAUACAAAGAAACAUAUUUCUAUUGUUGUUAUUUUCAAAUUAAUAAAAUUUGAUCUAUAUAUGUUACAUUUAAUUUGAUAAGAGAAUCGUAUAUUAAAAUUUUUGGUGCUGAAAAGCUUUAGGUCAUUUUAAUUAUAAAGUGGGAAAAUUUCGAUUAAUAUACUUUUUAAAAAGCAUAUUUACAAAAUUGGAUGAUGUGUUUUUAAAUAAACUUUAAAUUGUUGGUUUUAGUUUUCAAUUUUUAAGUGAAUUUAUACUAUUUUAGAAAAUCGGUUGUUAAAAAAUAGAAUGUAAUUUUAAACUGGCUCUAAACUCUCCUUUAUGAAAAUCCAUAAAAUAAUGGUGCUAUUAAAACAUAGGUUUAUUUCUCACACAAUCAUGUAUGCAUGUUGUUUACGAGACCUCUAUACACAAGAAAUGCUAUGCAUUUACAGGCUUAUCUUUGAAUAAAUUUUCAAAGAUUUUUUCUGUAUGAAUGUUAGUAAUUUUUUUUCUUUUUUUUUUUUCUCAUGAACAUUGCCAAAAAUAGUUAUUGAAAUUAUUAAAACGCCAUGUGUUUAGUAGUUAGUUGUAGAGAGGGAAAAAUAUUCACAUUAAUUUUUCUUGCAAUAUUUGUGGUGGCACCAUGUAAAUUAUGUUGUCAAAUUUUUUCAUACUCAGAAUUAGAUUGAGGCUCUGUCAUGUGGUAAUAUUUUCUGUUGUGGCAUUUUUACAUCAAGAUUGUUUUAUUAUCUUGAAUAAAUGUAGUUUUAGAAUUAUAUAUUAAUAUAUGACGAUUCAUUUAUCUCUCCGUUGUAAAAUGUUUCCUCUAGUAAAUGCCACUUUGUAACAUCUUAUUUUAUUGACUUUUGGCGAUUGAAGUAAAGACAAGUGUAUCUUAAAAUAGCUCUAUUAAUUUUGUUAAAUAAUAAUGAAUUGUUUUCUUAAAUUUAAGAUGUCCGAUUAUUCCGACAUUGUGAUUUAUAUAUGUGUACUAAGAAAGUUCUAAACAUGUUUAAAAUUAUAAUAAAAAAUUAACAUUGGUCCUUGAAAUUUUGUUAUCCAUAGGUGAAAGUUGCUUUUAAUAAAUGUAUAAAUUGUUAACAUAUUUUCAAUGUUUCAUGUGAGGUUAAUUAUUUUGCUUUUCAUUACUAAAGUUACGAAGUUUUGAUGUUUGAGUUUAUGACUUUUGCAGCUAUGCUGCAGUCUCAUCGUCAUCAGCUUCAGAUACAUAUCUCAAUGAUUUAUGAUACAUAUCUUGUUUCUUGGACUCUUGUUUUCUGUUUUUAUAAAUUUAAGCUCAAUACUAUGCUAAUUUUACUGUUGAAAAUUUGUAUUAGUUAAUUUAUGAGAGAAAUUCAUUUCAGUUUUUGUAAUUAAAAUGUUAUUAGAAGUGUAAUUGUUAUAAAAAUGUAUUUUUCCAAGUGGAAAUUUUUCUCCUUCCCCAUUAUUUCUCAUUGAAUGCCACACAUUUUUAUCCUUGUUCGUUAUAGCAAUAAUAUUUUGUUAAUUGUUACUGUAUAGACUAAGAUAUCAGGCAAUAGAUACAUUUGGUCUUUUUCCUUUUUUCUUUCUUCUAUUAUUCUGUAUUUGUAAAGAAAUGGAUUAUCCUAUGGCUAUUGUUAAGAUUUGAAUCUAUUCCGAAAACAACUUUCAGAUUUUUAUUAAAUUUGUCAUUGAUUUAAUCAAGUCAUUAAGAAUUAUCAGCAAUGUUCUAUUAACUAAUCAGGUUUUUUGCAGUAUUCUGAUCAUUAUUUUUCUGUGUAAAUGAGCAUUGUUUCAUUAAUGGAUUUGAUCUGUAUAAGACAUAUCAAAUAUUUGAAUGUGAAGGAAAAAAAUUCUUUUAUUUAUCAAAAAUUUCUCUUUUUGAGUAUUAAAACAAUUGUACUAGAUUUUGUUUAUAUUAAUUUUCAGACAUAAUCAUAACCAAUAAUUAUUUAUAUAUACUUCGUAAAAUUUUGUUAAUAAAGGAAUAAAAAGUGUUUAACUAUUAUUUAAUGAGGUUUUUGUUUGUGAAUAUGAUACUUAUGUUAUUUAUUGAAAUAUGAUAUUCAUAGCAGCUAGCUUGUAUAACUAUUGUAAUUCCUUUACUUUUCAGUUAUGUAUAAAUAACACGUAAAUGUUACAUUGAAGUAUUUUUAUGUUGCUACUGUAUGUGAUACGUAGCAUUUUUCAUGCUAGUCUAUUGUAGUGAUUUUUUUUGUACAUUUUAAAAUAUAAAUUUAACUUUUCAUAUAUCUUUCUGUAGUUUGUUGAUCUGUUUCUUGUAAAGUAAAAUUAUUGUGUAAUCUUUUGUUCAUAUCUUUUUUCCCACUAGCUUGUUAUAAUUCUCACUUCGUUACAUUCGUUUCACUGUCAUGUAGUUUUAAUUGUUUGUUUCUGAAAUCAAAUAUCUAAAAUGUAUCACAAUUAAAUAUUAAGAACUUAAAUUUAGGUAAUUGAAAAAAGUAUAUAGAUCUUGAACCUGCGUUCAUUUUCAAUUUCACUAGAAUUGUUUGCUUUCUGUGUUAUACUGGUCUUUCAACAUUACCUUUUAUUUGCCUUCUUACCUAUUUUUGUUUUGUUUUUUUCUUGAUAAACGCCUGCCGGCAUAUUUUAUGUUUCAUAAGUGUGUUCAGCAAAUAUUUAUUAUAGUUUUGUUCCUAAUCUGUUUCAUAAUGAAACACUGUACUAGCCAAUUGAUUGUUUUACUGGUGUCCAACUUUUCCAACAAGAUUAGCAUAUUAAAUAUAUUUCUUACCACAGAAAAAUGUACAAAAGUAGACUGAAUUUUUUCUCUUGUUGAUUGGUUGGAUAUCUGGUAAUGCAGGUAUGAAAGAAAAUAAUAUUCAUGGUUAGGAGUGUUAUAAUGUUAUGAUAAAUGCUGAAAACCUGGAUACUGUAGGUAUAAGAUGAAGCCAUGAACGUUUUUUGUCAUUUCUUUCUCAAGCACGUAUUCCAAUUCUAAAUUUCUUGGUUCACAGAUUUGUGACUUUAAUAUUAGUUUUGUGUCAUAUCGUGAAGGCAGUGUUAAAUUAUGCUAAACAAAAUAUGUGUAAUAAUUUUUUUAAGAAAAAGAAAUUGCUAUCAGUUUAAAUAAUAGCAUUUUCAUGUAUAUACUGUGAAUUUGUAUAAAGGCGUACUUGCAGACGAAGGUAAAAUGAAAAAAGUUUCACUUUAUGACUGCAUUUCAUUGCUUGUAUAUAAGAUUUUUUAUUUACCUUUUUUGAAAAAUAAAAUAUUGUGAAAUACUCUGUUGUUUCACAAAACAUAA